AGUCUUUGAAAUUGUCCACAGUGUAUUGCAUUUCACUGACUGCAGAAGGUGCAUCUUUCUCUCAUAGAACGAAGCAGCUCCACGUACGUUCCUCAGUUGACUCAUCGUUAAACUUUCAUCAAGCCCAUGAGGGUUUGGGACGAAGACCGUCUCCUCAAGCAGCUCGCUCUUUCGCGACAGGCUCGAAGUAGCGAGAGGAAAGAGUUUGGUGCCGGUAGCAUCAGACAAGACCCAGUGGCUUUCCUGUUGCUAUUCGUCCGUAAGUUCGGCGAGAAGCACUGCGAGUUUCUCCUCAUCCCGGCCAGCCUCCAGGAACCCCUGGAAGAGGCUUACAACAAGACCAGCGUCGAAACUCUAAACAAUGAGUUCGUUCGUUGGGAUGAAGAAGAAGAGGAUAUGGAAUAUGGCGUUUGGAUUGCCGAUCAGCAUGAGGAUGCAUCGGAUGAGGGUUCCUUUCAAGGAGGUCGCUACGAGUCGCGCUACGUGGGCAAGGCAAUCUUCCGUACCGCCGCCAGUGGCAAGCCAUUGGUAAAGAUGGAAGGAUCCCCCGGAUGGAUGGAAGCCAUGAAGCAAAAGUACAUCAAUUUGGAUGCCCAGAGUCGAAUGCUGCGUGACAACAAAUCGAACAUGAACCACGACAAGAACAAAGGAGCUGUCAAGGCCGUGGCAGCUGCCGCUCUCGGAGGAGGAGCCGCGGCAGGUGGAAGUAGUAUCUUGGCAGCCAAUGCCGCCGCUGCAGCAGCAACCGCCAGUACUGUUUCAUUGGAUGCCUUUGGUGCUGGUGCUUUUGCCUACUCGGGUGGAUUUGGUGCCGCAACACAGACGGCAGGAACUGCCGGUGUCGUGGCAGCUACCCCUGUCGGACUGGUUGCGGCAGCCGGCGCUAUUGGUGGCCUUGGUUUGUACUAUGUGAUGAAUCGUCGAAAUCGGAACAAAAUAUCGCAGGAACAAGAGGAAACAGGAAAGAGCGUCGUGAUGGAUGAACAGUCCGAGACCACAAUGGUAACCGAAGACGAAUCAGGAAGUGACGAAGAUGUUCCCUCUGGUUAUCAACAAGUAAGCGGUAAAAGCAAGGCAGAACUAGAAGAAGAGAAGAACAGAGGUGGCGCCUUGAAUUGCUGGGUGAGUCUCUUUGCUCAGAAAAUGGACUGGGAAGACACCCAGCAUGUCUUUGUUCCUGCCGUGUGCAUGACAAUAGAGGAAGCAGAGCGCGAGUUGCAAAACAGUGUUGCCAUGAAUGCGGUCGCCAAGGCAUUGUUCAGUCCAAAUGGUACACUCUUGCUAGUCGAAACUGAAGCAGGCGACCGAGACGGUUGGGGAACGGCGCUUGCUCUCAACUACGAUUUCCUAGUAAGUAACCGACUCCUUGGAGCCAUGCAAGACGCGGACGAGGACACGGAAGAGAAUAGACCUUUAUUGGCGACGGUAGAAGAAACGUCGGCAAAGCAGGAACAAGGAACGAAUUGGAUUUUUGAGAAGAUCCGAAAGAAGAGAGAAAAGUUUGGCUCUGGUACCGGUCUCCCCGCUCCUAUUGUUCGCUGAUAACGGGGCGACUGUACCGUCUGCUUUUGCUUGCCAAGGAUCGAGCCGUUUGGCGUAGCGUACGAUCGGCCGUACGACUAUACUAAAGUAGAGAAUUGUUUGAUUUG